AUGAAAGCUCGAGCCGUUUCGGCCUCCGGGCUGGUGCUUGCUGCACGAAUCCCGCCCUCGACAUUAGUUUGCUGGCAAUGCCUUCGCAAUGAUCUCUCCUCGAACCAAAUCAACCUCCAGACACGCAAGUAUCAUCCUACACGCCGGAAAUCCGCCUCGCCGUUUGGGGCCGCAGUCUCCGCGGCACAAACGAUCUUUAAGGGCCUACCGAAGGCACCGCCGGGGAUCUCGGUCGAUCCGUUGAGAAUUGUGGGAAAAGAACUCAAGUUUUUGAGCAAAAAUAUUCGCCAAUUGGUGGGGUCUGGCCAUCCUACACUAGAUAGGGUGGCCAAAUACUACACCAAGAGCGAGGGAAAACAUAUGCGCCCCAUGCUGGUGUUGCUGAUGUCCCAGGCGACGGCGUUGACGCCUCGAAAUGGCCGUGCGACUUCGGCGACUUCUAACACCGUGAACGAGUCCAUUAGCUCCUCCACCGUGCUCGCCGAUACGAACCCUGAUCUUAACCCGCUUGUAUCGUCUACUGAAGGUCAAUACAACUUUACCGGCGACGAGAACAUCCUGCCUACCCAACGACGGCUGGCCGAAAUCACCGAAUUGAUCCAUACCGCAUCGCUUCUUCACGACGACGUCAUUGACAAUGCGGUCACUCGUCGGUCCUCCAGUUCCGCGAACCUGCAGUUCGGAAACAAAAUGGCGGUGCUGGCCGGAGAUUUCCUAUUGGGCCGGGCUUCCGUCGCUCUGGCGCGCCUGAGAGACCCGGAGGUGACGGAGUUGCUGGCCACCGUGAUCGCCAACCUUGUCGAGGGAGAGUUCAUGCAACUGAAGAACACGGCCGCCGACGAGAAACACCCGGUUUUCACCGACGAAACCAUCUCGUACUACCUGCAAAAGACAUACUUGAAGACGGCCAGCUUGAUCAGCAAGUCGUGCCGUGCGGCCGCUCUGCUGGGUGACGGAUCGCCCGAGGUGGUCGAGUCCGCGUACUCGUACGGACGGAACCUGGGUCUGGCCUUCCAGCUUGUGGAUGACAUGUUGGAUUACUCGAUCAGCGACGCCGAGCUGGGCAAACCUGCCGGAGCGGAUCUAGAGCUGGGACUUGCAACCGCGCCGCUUCUGUUCGCCUGGAAGGAGAACCCCGAGUUGGGCUCGAUGGUUGGCCGCAAGUUCAGCCGGGAGGGCGAUGUGCAACGGGCCCGUGAACUCGUGUAUCAGAGCGACGGCGUGGGCAAGACGCGCGCCCUGGCCCAGGACUACGCCGAUAAGGCCGUUGCAGCCAUCAGCGGAUUCCCCGAUAGCGAAGCGAAGGCCGGUCUCAUGCAGAUGUGCGAGAAGACGAUGAACCGACGGAAGUAA